GAUCACCGAACCCUCUACGACUGAAACAAUGAAGCUGCUAGACUGGAUGAAUCGCAAGUUUCGCAAUGGCGAGCCACUAAAAGAAUUUUCUACAGGGAACCCUUGCACUUGUCUUAUGGGGCAGCCAUCACUUGAUGACUUUGAGUACUAUCCUAAAUCAAACUAUUAUGCCAAACCAUCGAGCAAAGCACGAGAAACCAAUCACCGAAAAUCAUUUGCAUGCCUAGAGGCAGUAAGAGGUGAUGAUGAAAGCAUGGAAGACGCAUCUGCUGCUCUUUCUGUACUCUUUCAUGGAUUUUUGGCAAUUGGGACUCUUGGAACAGAUCCAGUUACCAGUGAUCCUGCAACACCAACUUUUUCAACCUCAGUCGAGUAUAUUAUGGAAAAAGAAACUGAAGCAACAGAAAAUGAACUGCAAUUCAUUAAUGAUGAGUUGGAGAAGGUGUUGGGUGGUGAAGGAAGAGAAGAUGACUCAUCUGGGAGAAACAGUCAUGUUAGCAUCGGAAGAAGCAGCCAUGGCAGCACAAUUACACUUAGUGGCAAGCCUUUAGAAGCUGCAGAUAAUGAAAACGGAGCAGUUGCUUGUCCGCUCCAGGGUUAUCUGUUUGGUUCAGCAAUUGAACUGACAGAAACAACCACAGGAAAGAAAGAACAUAGAACAUCACUAGGGGAGUUGUUUCAAAAAACUAAAUUGGCAGAGGAAAAUACUGGACCAAAAUGCAACAGGGUAGAAAAGCAGAAGGAGAAAGAAACUGACAAAUCUGCUGUUCACUUGAUGAAAAAGAUACUGAAAGGAAGAAAAGCUUCUGGAGGAACCAUUGAUACUGCUUCAGCUGACAAGAAACACAAGAUCCUACAAAUGUUCCAGAGGAAAGUUCAUCCUGAAAGGACAAAAUCACAAAAUCAGUCUAAGUAUGCGGCAAAUGGCACCUAUGUCAAUGAGGAUGGAUAUAAAAAAAGAAACCAAAUGCUGUCUGGGGAAGAUAUAACUACAUUUUCUGAGAGCGAAAUUUCUAAAAAGAGUGCAAACAACACAAGAAGCAACAUGCCCCAGGCUACAUGUGGUGCCAGUGAUUCAAAUGGGAACAGAGAAUGCUGGAUCAAAUCAGAUGCAGAGUACCUGGUGUUGGAACUGUAGAAGACAAACAAAGCAGUAAGGGAUGUUGCAGUUGGUUGAAUUCUGCCCAAGAAAACAUAUAUAUCUGUAUGAACCCUUUUAUUGGUAAGUAUGAUAAAGAUGUUUUGAGUCUUGUGUGAUAGUAAGUUUGUGAUGAAAAGACAAUAAAAAAUUGCCCCUUCCUUGUAUUCAAGCAUGAGCUAUGUAUAAAACAUCAAAACUAAAAGUGUAUGCUUUCA